AUGACUCUUACCAAGGUAGUCCCUAAGGGCGAGGUUCUCCUAACAGGUGGAAGCGGUUUCAUAGCCUCUCAUAUCCUCGACUACCUGCUAGAUGAAGGGUUCGAGGUGGUUGCCACUGCGCGAUCUGACGCAAAGGGUAGACAAAUCAUCGACGGAGUGAAGCCCGAGCAUAGGAAACUUGUCUCCUAUGUUGUCGUGGAGGAUAUCUCCGUACCGGGCGCCUUCGAUACAGUCCUUAAACUAACACCAUUUGACUACGUGGUCCACACCGCUUCCCCUUACCACAACAACAUAGUAGAUCCGGUCAAAGAUUUCCUCGACCCGGCCAUCAAAGGCACAACUGGGAUACUGCACUCUGUCAAAGCGCACGCGCCGUCGGUGAUGCGAGUGGUGAUCACCUCGUCAUCGGCCGCAAUGCUGAACCCUGGGAAUCACGCCAAAGUAUAUGAUGAAUCGCACUGGGCGACGGUCUCAUGGGAGGACGCCAUGGACCCGAGGCACACAUAUCGGUGCAGCAAGUACUUCUCCGAGAAGGCAGCAUGGUCGUUCAUGGUGAGUGAGAAACCUCACUUCGACCUCGCGGUCAUCAACAGCACGUACAACUUUGGCCCGAUACAGCGUGGGCUUCCCAACCUGGAAUCCAUGAACACCUCGAACCACCGCAUCCGGGACUUGGUGCUCGGCCGCAUGCGGGAGCAGAUCGAGCCCACAGCGCCUGUAUUCACGUGGGUCGACGUCCGCGACGUGGCACUGUCCCACGUGCGCGCCAUGACCAUCCCCGAGGCGGGCGACAGCCGGUUCUAUGUGGUUGGCGGGCACUUCAGCAACAAGAGGCUGGCAGACAUUAUUCGAGAACACUUCCCCCAGAUUGCGGACGACUUGCCGCCAGCGGAUACGGUUGACGACUUCCCGGAGGAUGUGUAUCAGUUCGACAACACGAGGUCGAGAAAGGUACUUGGCCUGAAGUACACGGAUUUGGAGACGAGUGUUGUUGAUACUGUUCGGUCAAUCCUCGACCUCCGGCCAACCAAGGCCUGA